CAACGCUACCACCUCCUUUCUCAUUAUACAUCGUCUUAAUCAUCACUCAUUAUUUCACCAGCCUGUCCAACUUGAAUCCUAAUUCAGUUCAUUCUCUACAGUUUACAAAGCGGCCAAAUCAUGUCAGACGCAGAUGAAAACACUCCCCUGCCUGGUACUAGCCAAAUUCCCCCUGUUGCCCUCAACGCAACAUCGAAUGCAAAUGAGCCUCACUUGGUCGACCCGUCGAACCAGACCACCUACGAGAAGAGACUCUACGGCUUCCUGUGCACCCAAGGAUGGACUGAUACACAGUGUUCUUGUUUCAUCGCCCAGAUCGAGCAGAUGAAAGAAGCCAUCUCACGCCUUUUCUACUCGCAAGGCUGUAACACCACCCAAGUGCAGUGUCUCCACGAGCAGUGUGAGAUGGGAUUUUUAGAGCAUUUCCCAGCUCCUGGAGGUGAUGCCGAGCAACAAGAUCUGCAGAUGCAGCUGAGACUCAAUGAGGAAAUGAAUCGUCGGAGGGCGAUUGGCGAGCGCAUGUACCCUUCAGUAGGCACUUUGGGCAGGGGGAUUGAUGAGGAGAGAAGGGCUUGAGUGGGAUUCGCUUAGAGAUUUGUGAUUCGUAUGUAUUUUGGUCUUUGUAUGUCAACCUGGUCAAAUUCUCUGCGAUGAAAAGGCCCUGCAGGGAUAUAUGUGGAUUGAGAACGAGAACAAGGUUGACGAUAUUUUGUUGGGGGGGGUAGAUGCGUGUUUCUGAGAUACUGGUCGGAUUGAGUAUGAGAAGUGAUGUAUGACUUGGAUAUUCUUAGGAUCAGUCGCUUCUUCGUGAAUCCGAAGGCGAGUUAAAUAAUAAUGCAAUGUGGC